AUGCAGGAGGUGUGGGAUGACUAUGGUAGUAUUCCUGGUGCAGGGAACACAUCACAUCGCAGACCAGGAGCAAGAUUCAUGCAAGAUGAGGUGUUGCACUGCGAAUUUGAUUUCUGUUCGAUUCAGCUGAGUCGAUCUGUAUCUGGCGGGCCUCAGAAGGGGCUGACGAGCCCGGACUUCUCCCCCGCAGCCCUGGAAGACAUUCCAAGGGUGUCUGGAGCCCGAUUUUUCAGGGCUCAUCUGUCUGAACCCACGACCAAAGUCGGACUUUUUGGGUCACCGCCCUUGUCCGAGGGGUACGUGGUUCUUCUGGGAGGCGAGGGAUCCGGACUCUCUCCAAAGUCUCCGUCCGAAUUCUUGCUUUCGGUUUUGCGCCGAAGCUGCGCAGCGUGUCUGAUUGUCGGUCUGUCCGUCCUGUUGUUCAUUUUUGUGGUUUGUCUGUUCAUUUAUCGGAAUACUAACAUGGGACAGUCUCUAACUACCCCUUUAAGCCUUACUCUAGAUCACUGGUCAGACGUCUCUAACCGAGCGAGCAAUCAGUCGCUUGAGGUCAAGAAGAAAAAGUGGCGGACUUUUUGUUCCUCAGAAUGGCCCACAUUCAACGUGGGCUGGCCGCGGGACGGCACCUUUGACAAGAAUCUUAUCUUACAGGUCAAAGAAUGGGUCUUCGAUAGAGGACCCCAGGGACACCCUGACCAGGUCGCUUAUAUCGUCACCUGGGAAAAUCCUCCUCCCUAUAAUCCCCAGAAGGAGCCCGAAGAUCAUGAAGCUGACCCUGCGGCGCCCCCGUCACAGGACUCCCCGCCUGUUGCCUCCCCCGUCGCGAGCAGGCUCCGGGGAAAGCGUGAACCGUCUCCCCCGGACUUCACCUCUCAAGCAUUUCCCAUGCGACAGGGAAAUAACGGCCAACUUCAAUACAGGCCCUUUUCCGCCUCUGAUCUAUACAAUUGGAAACAACACAAUCCCCCUUUUUCCAAAGACCCCGUGGCAUUAACUAACUUAAUAGAGACUAUUCUGAUUAUCCACCAGCCAACAUGGGACGAUUGCCAGCAGCUUUUACAGGCUCUCCUCACUUCUGAGGAAAAACAAAGGGUCUUCGUAGAGGCACGGAAGCAGGUCCCAGGAGACGAUGGAAGACCAACCUAGUUGCCCAAUGAGAUUGAUGCUGCCUUCCCCCUCACCAGGCCUGACUGAGACUUUGCUACGCUUGCAGGUAGGACACACCUACGCCUUUACUGCCAGUUGCUCAUAGCAGGUCUCCGAGGGGCUGGUCGCCGCCCCACUAAUUUGGCACAGGUAAAACAGAUAAUUCAGGGGGCAGAUGAAUCUCCAGCAGCAUUUUUAGAGAGACUAAGGAAGUAUACGCCUUACGAUCCUGAGGACCCAGGGCAGGCUACCAGUGUGUCGAUGUCUUUUAUCUGGCAGUCCGUAUUUGACAUUAGAAACAAGUUACAGAGGUUGGAGAACUUGCAGGGAUAUACUCUGCAAGAUUUACUUAAGGAAGCAGAGAAAAUCUUCAAUAAGAGGGAGACUCAAGAGGAAAGGGAGGACCAUAUCCAUAGAGAAAAGGAAGAAAGGGAGGAUAGAUUGAGAAAAGAAGCAGAGGAAAAGGAGAAUGCUAGAGACAGAAAGAGAAAUAGGGAACUGAGCCGCAUCUUGGCCACCGCAGUUCAGAGUCAGGACAGCCGAAAGGGAGACAGGAUGGGAGAACAGAGAGGCCCUCGCGUGGAACGCAACCAAUGUGCCUACUGCAAGGAAAGAGGGCACUGGGCAAAGGACUGCCCUAAGAAGACCCACAAACCCAGAGGCCCCAAACCACAAGCCUCACUCCUAGCCCUAGAUGAAGAUAGGGAGGUCAGGGCCAGGAGCCCCCCACCCCCCGAGCCCAGGAUAACACUCGAUGUCGGGGGGCAACCAGUUACCUUCCUAGUAGAUACCGGGGCUCAGCAUUCAGUUCUUACCCGGUCACCAGGCCCUCUCAGUGAACGAACUGCUUGGGUACAAGGGCCCACAGGCGGAAGAAGAUAUCGUUGGACCACCGAGCAGAAGGUACAGCUAGCAACCGGUAAAGUAACUCAUUCCUUCCUACAUGUCCCAGACUGCCCCUAUCCAUUACUGGGGCAAGACUUACUCACCAAACUGAAAGCCCAAAUUCACUUCGAGGGGGCAGGGGCUCGAGUGUCGGGCCCAAAUGGAAACCCCCUCCAAGUCUUGACCUUACAAUUGGAAGAUGAAUACCGACUAUAUGAACAGGACUCUAAGACACAAGGAUCACGCCGAGGCCAGAGGAAAUCGGCGGGCAGACAGGGUGGCCCGAAAGGCUGCUUUGGGACCACAAAUUCUCCCCCUAGUAUCAGAGCCCGUCCAAUCCGCAAACUGGGCCUAUGA